AUGCGACCAUGUCUCCGCUCAUCUUCCUUUCGCGCGGCUUAUAACGCCGGCGCCUACUUGCAGCUAACAUGGCCUUUUCUGGGCUCGAAGCUACGAUCCCAACGGUGUACUGGAUUGAAAAGAUGGCCAACUAUUGGAACAGGCACAUAUAAUACCCUGCGACGAUAUAGUAGCUUGAAAACAGGAGUAGUUGGCGAUCUCGAACGUCGCAUCGCUGCGAUUCCUAUCGAGCGAUUUCGGAACUUUUGUAUCGUGGCGCAUAUCGACCAUGGAAAAUCCACGCUGUCAGACCGGCUGCUCGAAAUUACGGGCACUAUAUCAUCUUCUAAUACAAACCGCCAGAUCCUCGAUACUCUCGAAGUUGAGCGCGAGAGAGGCAUCACCGUCAAAGCUCAAACUUGCACCAUGAUCUAUAAUCAUCACGGACUCGAUUACCUGCUACAUCUAGUUGACACGCCCGGUCACGUUGACUUCCGCGCCGAAGUUACGAGGUCGUACGCAAGCUGCGGAGGCGCUAUUCUGUUGGUGGACGCGAGCCAAGGAGUACAAGCCCAGACCGUCGCCAACUUUUAUCUCGCCUUUGCUGAAGGCCUCAAGAUCAUACCUGUCAUCAACAAGAUAGACAUGGUUGCUGCUGAUGUUCCAAGAGUUCUAGAACAGCUCGAGUCUACUUUCGAAUUAGAUACCAGCAAGGCCAUCGGAGUAAGCGCAAAGACUGGUCUCAACGUCAAAGACUUACUACCAGUCGUUGUAGAAAACAUACCGGCGCCUACAGGUGACGAAUCCAAACCGCUAAGGAUGCUACUAGUGGAUUCGUGGUACGACAGCUUCCGCGGCGUUAUAUGUCUAGUCCGGCUUUUCGACGGUACCGUAAGGGCAGGAGACAACCUCGUAAGUUUCGCGACGGGAAUUAAGUACACUGUCGGUGAGGUGGGCAUUCGAUAUCCAACACAGGUUCCGCAGACGGUCUUACGCGCUGGCCAAGUCGGUUAUGUAUUUUUCAAUCCUGGUAUGAAGAAAAUCCAGGAUGCCAAAAUUGGUGAUACGUUCACCACCGUUGGCUCAGAAGACAUUGUUGAGCCGUAUCCAGGCUUCGCGGAGCCUAAGCCUAUGGUCUUCGUCGCCGCCUUUCCUACGGACCCUGCUGACUACAGCCGCCUAGCAGACAGCAUCGGUCAGCUCGUGCUGAACGACCGUAGCGUGACCCUCUUCAAAGAUCACUCUGAGGCGCUGGGAGCAGGCUGGCGGAUCGGCUUUCUGGGUAGUCUACACUGUUCCGUAUUUCAGGACCGACUCCGCCAGGAGCACGGCGCAAGUAUUAUCAUCACCGAGCCUGCCGUCCAGACAAAAGUAAUGUGGCGGGACGGCACGGAGACGGUCCUUCAGAGCCCUACGGAUUUCCCAGAUCCCGACGACGGGCGCACCCGCGGCGCUACAUUUUACGAGCCUUACGUGCUGGCAACCCUGACGGUCCCAGAAGAAUAUCUUGGCCGCGCCAUAGAGCUAUGCGAAGCCAACCGUGGCGAACAAGAGAGCAUCGAGUUCUUUCACGGUAUGCAGGUUAUCCUAAAGUACCGCAUCCCUACGGCGCAACUGGUGGAUGAUUUAUUCGGCAAGCUUAAGGGCGCAACUAAAGGGUAUGCGACUCUGGAUUACGAGGACGCCGGGUGGCGGGAGAGUAAGCUAGUCAAGCUGCAGUUAUUAGUUAAUAAGCAGCCGGUAGACGCCAUCUCGCGUGUAGUGCACCUAUCUCAGGUGGAACGGCUGGGCAGGCAGUGGGUUACUAAGUUCAAGGAGCACGUACAGCGGCAAAUGUUCGAGGUCGUGAUACAGGCGGCGGUCGGCAAGAAGAUCAUCGCGCGAGAGACUCUCAAGCCCUUCAGGAAGGACGUGCUCGCCAAGUUACACGCCAGUGACAUUACCCGUCGCAGGAAACUACUCGAGAAGCAGAAAGAAGGUCGGAAGAGGCUACGCUCGGUCGGUAAUGUUAUCAUCGAACAGGAGGCGUUUCAGAGGUUCCUGGCUAAGUAG